UGUAGGCCUAUUCGACAUCGGCAAUCGGCAAUCAGCACACAGAGUAAUCUGAGACACAGAAACGGCGAGAACGUCAGGGCAACGUUUGUCAGAAUGACAUCAGAAAGGGGAAAUCAAACCCCACACAUGGAUGCAGAGAAAGCCCAAGUACUGUUUGAGCAUGGAGCAAUGUUCUUGUUGCUGAAUUUUCCAGAAGGAUCAGAAUUUGGAAUUGACAAUUAUUCGUGGACUGUUGGGCCCAAUUUCCGUGGCAUUAAAAUGAUUCCGCCAGGAAUUCACUUCAUCUUCUACAGCUCUGUCAAUUCUGACCAUCAGGCAGGUCCACGUUCUGGAUUUUUUUACAACUUUGCUUCAAAGGAGAUUGUUGUGAAAAAGUGGAGUGUCCAAAUGGAAGAAAUUCAAAUGGAUGAAGUCAGUGAAGCUGAGAUGGAAAAGUUUCAUGACAAUAAACAAGAGAUGGAUAAAUACCUGGGCCCUUAUCCUUAUGAGAGAUACAAGCAGUGGGUGUCCCUCUCAAACCACAUCACUGAUACCACACUGAGGGUGUUACAACCUGACUGUGGUUUUAUCUACUCCGUAGCACAGUUUGAGUCCGAGGGAAGCACGUCUCAGUCCCGUCAGGCUAGCGCGGUGGAAAAGUCAAAAGAAGCAUCAACGGAAAGCUCUUCUUCCAGUCCUCAGAAACCCGAACUUCCUCAUCUUAAGCAGGUCAUAGGAACAAACAUUAAGUACAGUGUUGUUCCGAAGCAGAGGUAUCCCCCUGGCUCAAGCCCCAGCGAGAUCACAAAGUACAGCAUGGAUUCUUCUUACGUUCUGAGUCUGUUGCUCACAGAGAGAUAUAACAAAGACAUAGACUCGAUUCUGGGAGAGGUGCAGUUUGCAUUUCUCUGUUUUCUUCUGGGACAGAAUUAUGAGUCCUUUGAACAAUGGAAGAAACUCGUUCACCUGUUGUGUACUAGUGAAGAAGCAAUCAUGAAAAAUCCAAAGGUGUAUCAGGAUUUUAUCUCGCUUCUUCAUUUUCAGGUUCGGGAAAUCCCUUCUGAUUUUUUUGUGGACAUUGUUACUUCAAAUAAUUUCCUCACAGUUACUCUGCAUGAAUUAUUUCAAAACCUUGAGGGUGAUGGUGUUGAUUCAAAGUUGCAGAAGAAGGGUCAUAGCUUCAGAAAACAUCUGACAGAAAAGUUCAACUGGGAUUUUACUUCAGAGCCAGAUGACUUCGCCCCAGUUGUGGUUGACACUUGAAUGUGAAGAUAUUUGUUGCUAUUACUAUUAAUGUUAUUCCGGUAAGAGUUGUGUUCAGAUCUACUCUUGCCUUCUUUGAUAACAGGGUCUCCAUUACGACAGGUGUGCUGCCAGUACUUGUUGUGGUCAAUGGUGGAAUGUCUCUGUAAAAGUACCGGCAAAACCAGGAAAAUGUAACUGGUUCUAUAAGUUAUAAGUUACUGUGAAUUCUUUGACAUCUUUGAUGCGAUGAUGUUGCAUUCUAAAAAAGUUUAAUUUAGGUGUGGGGAGAUUGUUUUACUAAGUAUCAUUCUGCCAUGCUGUGAUGUAACAUGAUCCCUUUUAGUUUAGUCCUGAGACUGUAUUUCGAUUUUUUUGCAUGUACUGAAUUGUCCCUCAGGCUGUUUCCAGGAUUUAAAUCUAAAUUUCUCUGUGUACAAUAUUGAGAGAUUUGUCGCAGCACUGACAUGGUAUGCAUUUUAUGUGUAUUCUAUCAAGUGUGUAUUACUUCUUAGCUCACCCUGGACUAUAUUUUACCUCUCAUAUAUAUUUCUGAAAUUUACAGUAUUGUUUAUGAUUCAGUCAUCAAAAGUAUGUUUUUCGUUUAGAAUUACCAGUCUUAAAUGACAGUUAAUUGUUUCAUCUGGAAUAAAUGAAUAAAUCCCUUAAAUUUUUUUAAA